AUGGUUGAAGCAGAAAAAAGAAGAAAGGUGGAAGAGACUGCCGUGAAGGGAGUAUCCAAGCCCUCCAAGAUCUUCAGCCCUUUCAGAGUCGUUGGAAAUGUCUCCAAUGAGGUUCCGUUCGCCAUAGGAACUUUGGGUAGCACUUUCUACGCUGUGACUUCAGUGGGAAGAAGCUUCCAAAUCUAUGAUAUUGCCACAUUGCACUUGUUGUUUGUAUCGCAAACCCAAACUCCUUCCAAGAUCACCUGCUUGUCGGCCAACUACCACUACGUCUACGCUGGUUAUGGUAACCAGGUUGGUAUCUUCAAGAGAGGUAAGUUGGAACAUACCCUUGUCUGCGACACCAAGGAAACUGUCAACCACAUUCUCGUCUUUGGUGACUUCUUGGUUGCCACUGUUGCUGACGGUGAAGUGUUUGUUUUCAAAAAGCCAUCUGGGUCCAAGAUUCCAAGCGAGUUCUACACCAAGAUCCAAACCAUCAACAGUUCUGUGGAUGGAGCUAUUGUUGGCUUGAUCCACCCACCCACCUACUUGAACAAGAUUGUUGUAGCCACCACCAGUGGCCUCUUCCUUUUCAAUAUCCGUACUGGAAAAUUAUUAUACCGUUCCCCUGAGCACCAAUUCAUGGAUGGAAUCUCGUGUGUUGAACCUGCCCCGGUUUUGGAUGUGAUUGCCGUUGGUAGUCCAGUGGGCAAUGUUCAAUUGUACAACUUGAAGAAGGGUAAGGCUAUUGGCCAAAAGAUCGUGGUAUCCACCCAAGACGUCUCUGCAAAGGUUGUUUCGUUGUCAUUCAGAACUGAUGGCUCGCCACACUUGGUCGCAGGCUUAAACACUGGUGACUUAUUCUUCUACGAUUUAGCCAAGAGGUCCCGUGUCCACAUCUUGAGAAAUGCUCACAAGGAGAGCCACGGUGGUAUUGCCAACGUCCAGUUUUUAAACGGUCAACCAAUUAUUGUUACAAACGGAGGUGACAAUCACUUGAAGGAAUUUGUGUUUGAUCCAACAUUAUCAACCACCAACUCGUCAGUUGUUUCUCCUCCUCGUCAUUUGAGAUCUAGAGGUGGACAUUCUGCACCUCCAAUCGCUAUCGAAUUUCCAAACGAAGAGAAGACUCACUUUUUGUACAGUGCCUCUAGAGAUCGUUCUUUCUGGUCCUUCUCUUUGAGAAAGGAUGCUCAAGCACAAGAAAUGUCUCAAAGAGCCCAAAAGACUUUGAAGAGAAGAGCUGGCCCUGUUGGUUCCAUGAGAGAGAAGUUCUCGGAAAUUAUUGCCAUAACCUCUUCUCAAUCCAGAGAAGGUGAAUGGGAAAAUAUUUUGACUGCUCACAAAGACGAAACUUUUGCUAGAACCUGGGAUUCUAGAAGUAAGAGAGUUGGUCGUCAUCAGUUAAAUACAGUCGAUGGAGGAAUCGUCAAGUCAGUCUGCAUUUCUCAGUGUGGUAACUUCGGUUUCGUUGGCUCGUCAACUGGUGGAAUUGGUGCGUACAACUUGCAAUCUGGAUUGCUUCGUAAGAAGUAUAUGUUGCACAAGAAGGCAGUUACUGGCUUGGCCAUUGAUGGCAUGAACAGAAGAAUGGUCAGCAGUGGCUUGGACGGUAUACUUGGAUUCUAUGAUUUCAAUGAAUCUAAGUACUUGGGCAAAUUACAGUUGGAUGCACCAAUUACUUUCAUGAUUUACCAUAGAUCUUCCGAUUUGAUUGCUUGUGCAUUGGAUGACUUGAGUAUUGUGGUUGUGGAUGUAAUCACUCAGAAGGUUGUCAGAGUUUUAUUUGGCCACAGUAACCGUAUCACCGGUAUGGACUUUUCUCCAGACGGUAGAUGGAUUGUUUCCGUUGCCUUAGAUUCCACCAUCAGAACCUGGGAUUUGCCAACUGGUGGAUGUAUCGAUGGUGUAAGAUUGCCAAAUGUUGCUACAUCUGUCAAGUUCUCUCCUCUUGGAGACUUGUUAGCCACCACGCAUGUAUCUGGUAACGGUGUCUCAUUAUGGACCAACAGAUCUCAAUUUAAGCCAAUUUCUACUAGACAUGUGGAAGAAGAAGACUUCUCAACCAUUUUAUUGCCAAACGUUUCGGGAGAUGGCGGAUCUACCUUGUUGGAUGGUGCAUUUGAGGAGGAAGACCAGGUAAUUGACGUUGAACAAUCUUACACUUCGGCAGAGCAAAUUGACGAAUCGUUGGUCACAUUGUCCUUGGGUCCAAGAUCCAAGUACAGCACCUUAUUGCAUUUGGAUACCAUCAAACAACGCAGUAAGCCCAAGGAGGCACCAAAGAAGUCGGAGAAAACCCCAUUCUUCUUGUCCUUGUCAGGAGAAGCUGUUGGGGACAGAGCCUCUGUAGCUGAAGGCAAGGUUGCUGAAGAGCAGGGGGCCAACCAAGACGAGGAUGACGAGACCAGCAAGUUGCACAGACUCAGAAAGGGUGACAAUUAUACCUUCGAGUCCAAGUUCACCCAGUUAUUGAGAGAAGGUGCCGAGCUUGGCGACUUCUCGGAAUUCUUGGCCUAUCUUGUCCAGGCUUCUCCUGCUGUUGUGGACUUAGAGAUCAGAUCGAUCAACGAGUUUCCACCUUUGACUGAAAUGAUCUCGUUCAUCAAAGCCAUGAUCCAGGGUAUGGAGUCCAAGACCAACUAUGACUUGUACCAGGCGUUUUUUGCCAUGUUCUUGAAGAAUCACGCUGAUAUCAUUGCCAACAACCCGAAUGACGACGAAUUGCAAAUCUCGCUUCAAGUCUGGGCCCGUUUGAACGACGAGAUCAAGGACGAGAUGGACGCUUUGGUUAAAUACUGUUCUGGGGUGAUCAACUUUGUCAACGCCAUCUAA